AUGACCUCGAUCUCCCCUCGAAACCCCUCUGAGCGUGGCGGGCUUCGGCUUCAGGACAAUCGGCUGACUGGUGGCAACAACUUCAAACCCCCCUCCAUAAAUGACCCCGAUCCCCCUCGAAACCCUUCUGACCGUGGCGGGCUUCGGCUUCAGGACAAUCGGCAGACUGGUGACUACCACCUCGAAUACCCCGCUCCAUGA